UCACGGCUCCAGGAAGUUCCCGCAGCACAUACAGCUCACUGUCAAACGCGGAAUCCAGGCAGAUAUCAGUUCACAUUAACGGACAGUAAAGCCCGAAAUAAACCACAGCAUCGCGCAGGACAAUGGGAUGAAAUACAUCCGGAACCUGAGCAUCGCGGAUCGGUGUUUGGCGAGAUUUAAGGGCGAAAUAUGAAAGCUACAUACUAGCCAACUGCUCAUGACACAUUAACAACACAACAGAACACAAGCGUUUCAGUGUUUCCUUACUUCUUUUUGGACACGGGACUCAAGAAGGAUGGAGUGGGACAAUUCUGGGACAUUUGACAAGAGUCAAGCUGGUUAACAGAGACGUCAACCAUCUAUAUAACUGUUGUGUAGCAGUUAAUUUCUUAUUUUCUGUUUGUUAACUAUUGUUCUGUCAACUGCCAGCAGAUUAUACAGUGGUCAGGGUGUUUUAUUUUCUGUCUUAUCAUUUUGGGUGAUUUAUCUACGUGUGUUUGGUCGACCAUAAGAGCUCCAGUAUGCAUGACGCAUACGAACCAGUUCCUAUCCUGGAGAAAUUACCCCUCCAGAUUGACUGUCUGGCGGCCUGGGAUGAUUGGCUCCUUGUGGGGACCAAACCAGGCCAUCUCCUUCUGUACAGGAUCAAGAAAGAUGCAGGUACAAACAGGUUUGAAGUUACUUUAGAGAAAUCCAAUAAGAACUUCUCAAAGAAGAUCCAGCAGCUUUUUGUGGUGUCACAGUACAAGAUUUUGGUUAGUCUGUUGGAAAAUAACAUCCACGUUCACGACCUGCUCACGUUCCAGCAGAUAACUGUGGUGUCCAAAGCCAGAGGGGCCACACUGUUUGCCUGUGACCUGCAGCAGUCCAGCUCUGGCGAGGCCAAACUGCGCAUGUGUGUUGCCGUCAAGAGGAAAAUUCAGCUGUAUUACUGGAAGGACAGAGAUUUCCAUGAAUUACAGGGGGAUGUCACCGCUCCAGACAUUCCCAAGUCCAUGGCUUGGUGUGAGAACUCCAUAUGUGUGGGUUUCAAACGAGACUACUAUCUGAUCCGGAUGGAUGGACGUGGCACAGUCAAAGAACUGUUUCCCACAGGGAAACAGCUGGAACCAUUGGUGGCCCCGCUGGCUGAUGGGAAGGUUGCAGUGGGUCAGGAUGACCUCACGGUUGUUUUAAACGAAGAAGGCGUCUGCACUCAGAAAUGUGCCCUUAACUGGACGGACAUUCCUGUUGCAAUGGAGCACCAGCCACCGUACAUCAUCGCAGUGCUGCCACGCUAUGUGGAGAUCCGCACGCUUGAGCCCAGACUGCUGGUGCAGAGCGUAGAACUGCAGAGACCGCGCUUCAUCACCUCCGCUGGAACAAAUGUCAUGUACGUCGCGAGCAAUCAUUUUGUUUGGCGUCUGGUGCCCAUCUCUAUAGCCAGCCAGAUACGACAGCUGCUACAGGACAAACAGUUUGAACUGGCACUUCAGCUAGCGAAAAUGAAGGAUGAUUCAGAUGCAGACAAGAGACAACAGAUCCAUCACAUUCAGAACCUGUUUGCCUUCAACUUGUACUGUCAGAAACGCUUUGACGACUCCAUGCAGGUGUUUGCUAAGUUAGGCACAGAUCCCACUCAUGUUAUUGGACUGUAUCCAGACCUGCUUCCCUCUGACUACCGCAAACAGCUGCACUACCCCAACCCUCUGCCCACACUGUCUGGAGCCGAGCUGGAGAAAGCCCACCUGGCCCUCAUAGACUACCUGACACAGAAACGCAGUCAUUUAGUGAAGCAGCUGAAUGACUCGGACCCCUUCACCACCUCCCCUCUCAUGGAGGGGACCCCCACGAUCAAGAGCCGCAAGAAGCUCCUUCAGAUCAUCGACACCACUCUGCUUAAAUGUUACCUCCACACCAAUGUAGCUUUGGUGUCGCCUCUCCUGCGUCUGGAGAACAAUCACUGUCACAUAGAGGAGAGCGAGUAUGUGCUGAAGAAAGCCCACAAAUACAGCGAACUCAUCAUCCUCUAUGAGAAAAAAGGCCUUCACCAGAAAGCUUUGCAGGUUCUGCUGGAUCAGUCCACUAAAGCCAACUCUCCUCUGAAGGGUCAUGAGAGGACUGUACAGUAUCUUCAGAGGCUGGGUGUGGAGAACCUGGGCAUGAUAUUUGAGUUUUCACCGUGGGUUCUGAAGAUUUGUCCAGAGGAUGGACUGAAGAUCUUCACUGAGGACCUGACGGAGGUGGAGACUCUGCCCAGAGAUAAAGUGUUGAACUUCCUGAAGGACGGCUUCAAGGAGCUGGCCAUCCCGUACCUGGAGCACAUCAUUUACAUGUGGGACGAGACACGCCCCGAGUUCCACAAUGUUCUGAUCCAGCUCUACCUGGAGAAGGUGCAAGGCCUCAUGAAAGUGUACCUCAACUCACUGCCUGAAGGUGUUCCAGCUGUAGCUGCAGGAAAGGAGGCAGGAGAGCUGGGGGAGUACAGAAACAAGCUUCUGUCAUUUCUGGAAGUUUCCAGCAGCUAUGAGCCAGAGAGACUCAUCAGUGAUUUCCCAUUUGAUGGUCUGUUGGAGGAGAGGGCUCUUCUGCUAGGUCGUAUGGGGAAACAUGAGCAGGCUCUCUUCAUCUACGUUCACAUUCUGAAAGACACGCAUAUGGCUGAAGAGUACUGCCACGGUCAUUAUGAUCCUUCAGCAAACGGCAAUAAAGACGUGUAUCUGUCCCUGCUGCGCAUGUAUCUGUCUCCUCCGGAUGUGCACUUCCUCGGGCCCAUUAAGAUGGAGUUAUGUGAGCCACAGGCGAACCUCCAGGCGGCCCUGAAAGUUCUUCAGCUCCACCACAGCAAACUAAACACCACCAAAGCCAUAAACCUGCUGCCAGCCAACACACAGAUCCGAGAGAUCCAGGUCUUUCUGGAGAGUGUGCUGGAGGAGAAGGCUGGGAGGAAGCGCUUUGACCAGGUCCUGAAGAGCCUCCUUCAGGCCGAGUUCCUGCGGGUGCAGGAGGAACGCAUCUUUCACCAGCAGGUGAAGUGUGUCAUCACAGAUGAGAAAACCUGCAGAGUGUGCAAGAAGAAGAUCGGAAACAGUGCCUUUGCCAGGUAUCCAAACGGUGUGGUGGUUCACUACUUCUGCUGUAAAGAUCGCAGCAGGUGUCCAGCGGAGUAGUCAAGCCUGCAAUCCGGAGACGCCGGAAACACCAAACACGCCGAGCACAGAGAGCUCGGCAAACGUGACGCGUCUGUGUGAAAAUGCCACCGAAAGAAACCACUCUCUCUCUAUUUCUCUCACUCUUUCCAGUGGAAUGGAAAAGCCGACACGUCUGUCUGAUGAAAAUAAAUCCUUCAAUGAUCUUCAUUGGUUUAGCUGCUUUACGCCCUUUAUCUGACUUGCUUUUGUCAUCAGAGUGUGUCUGAUCUUUCCAUUAAUUAUUAAAAAUACAGUAUUUUUCUGCAUUCUGAAAUAAUUAAAUUACAGUAACUGGCUGGCAACUUCUGGCGUAGCUGUAUUUUACUGUAAAUUUCACAGUGUUUUUCUGCUAUAGGCUGUCAGAUGGAAGGACGAAUGCUUCCUCUAGUUUCUAAGAUAACUUGUUUACGGCUAGAAGUCUGGAUGUGUAUGUUUUUUAACAAAGGCGUGUCGUCUAAUGUUUCUAGUGGUUUGGGUUGUAUGAGGUUUUGGAGAGCGGAGCGGUGACUCCACAAUCACUGUAGCAUGCCACUUUUUCUUUUCUGGCUACUUGAGUGUAGGGCUGUGCAAUUAAUCGCAUGCGAUUGUCAUGUGCAUCUCGUCAUUAAA